UCCGCUGGGCGCUGCCUCUUCACUGGGGUUAUCUCUGCUCCGAUGGCCGAGGUUCGGAGGUUCACCAAGCGGCUCAGUAAGCCGGGCACAGCCGCCGAGCUGCGCCAGAGCGCUUCCGAGGCUGUUCGCAACUCGCUGUUGGCGGAGAAAACAAAAAUCAUCGAGCCAUUGGAUUACGAGAAUGUCAUUGUACAACGGAAAGCGCAGAUUCAAAGUGAUCCUCUGCGGGAUCUUCUACAGUUCCCUUUGGACGAGGUCUCGAUCUCUACAAUUCCACGACAGAGGAGAACCAUCCAGUCUACGUUGCCUUCAGAUGCUGAAAAACUAGCACAAAGCCUGCUGGUCAAAGAGUGCAUCAAGACAUAUAAUUCGGACUGGCUGCUGGUAAACUACAAAUGUGAAGGCUAUGCAGGGGAUUUCAGAUCACUGCCAAGCAAGGGGCAUCAGCCAGACAAGUUGCCCAUGCAGCUUUAUGAAGUUGAUGAAGAUGUGGAUAAAGAUGAGGAUGCUGCGUCGAUUUGCUCACAGAAAGGAGGAAAUAUUAAGGAAGGCUGGCUGUACAAAGCCAACAUGAACAGCACUAUCAGUGUUACAAUGAGGGUGUUCAAGAGGCGAUUCUGUUACCUGACUCAACUUUCAGAUGGCUCAUACAUCCUCUAUUUUUGUAAAGACGAGAAGGUCUGUAAGGAGUCCAAAGGAUCCAUAUUCUUGGACUCUUGCAUCGAUGUUGUGCAGUGUUCGAAGAUGCGCCGCUAUGGCUUUGAACUCCGAAUGCAGGAGAAAUGUAGCUGUCACCUAGCAGCUGAGAGUGAGCAGGAGAUGGAAGAAUGGAUAACAACCCUGCGAAAGAUCAUUCAGAGUAAUGUUGACAGCGUGUUGUCCGAGAGACGGAAUGGUGAACCCUCUGAGGCAGGACUAGAUGAGGAGUCCUUUGGCCAUGGGAAGUCUGAAAGCAUGAUGGAAAGUUUAGAGAAAAGUAUGCAUCCCGAGUUGAUGAAGUAUGCCCGAGAAUCGGAUUACCUUAACAAGCUCAGCAGGAAUGAAGGCCGGUGUAAACUGUUUGCGAUGGAUCCAGAAGCACAGAAGCUGGAUUUUUCAGGAAUUGAGCCAGACGUGAGGCCCUUUGAGGAGAAGUUUGGCAAGCGCUUUAUGGUAAAAUGCCAUGACUUGACUUUUGCUCUUCAAGGCUGUGUGAAUGAGCAGGCAGAUGGCACGCCGACAAACGUUGAACCUUUCUUUGUGACCCUCGCACUGUUUGAUGCAAAGAAUAAUUGCAAGAUCUCUGAAGAUUUCCACGUGGACUUGAACCCCCCGGCUGUUCGGCAGAUGUUGCUGGGAAGUGUCGAGGGCGGAGCUGAAAAUGGGGCAACUGCUGCAAAUUCUCCGAUGGGUAACGACGAUCGUGUUAAAGGAGUGGCUGAGAGGCUUCUUCGCUAUCCAAAACAGGGGAUCUUUUCAGUGACCGCCCCUCAUCCGGAUAUCUUUCUAGUCGCACGAGUGGAGAAAGUGCUACAAGGAGGGAUUGCCCAGUGUGCUGAACCAUAUAUCAAGAGUUCAGAUGCAAACAAGGCUGCUCAGAAAGUCCUUAAAGCUGCCAAGCAAAUCUGCAGCCGGCUUGGAGGAUACAAAAUGGCCUUUGCUUGGGCUGCGAGACCUGUGUUUAAAGACACCGAAGGCUUGUUCGAUACAAGUGGGAAGUUCUCGCCCUUUUACAAGCAGGACAGCAACAAGCUAUCAAAUGAAGACCUUUUGAAAAUGCUGAAUGAUCUCAGAAAGACAGAGAAGAUGUCGAAACUUCAGGUGAUUCCAGGGAAUUUCGACGUCACCAUCGAGUGUGUUCCUCCUGAUAUUUCUAAUUGUGUGACAUCAUCCUACAUGCCUGUGAAACCAUUCGAGGAGAGCAGCUGCAGCUGUGUGUCCUUCGAAGUGGAAGAAUUUGUGCCCAAUAUCGCAAAAUAUAUGUACCCCUUCACAGGCUUCAAGAACCACCUAUACGUUUACCCCAUUCAGCUCAAGUAUGACAACCAGAAGACUUUUGCGAAGGCAAGAAACAUUGCAGUCUAUGUCGAGGUCAGGGACUCUGAUGGAGAUAAAUCGCGGCCAUUGAAGUGUAUCUACGGAAAACCGGGUGACCAUGUGUUCACAACCAAAGCUUGUGCGACAGUUUUGCACCAUCAGCAGUGCCCUGAGUUCUACAAUGAGAUUAAAAUCGAGCUGCCUGUACAUCUCCAUGAGAAGCAUCACCUCCUGUUCACAUUUUACCACAUCAGCUGUGACAUAAAUACCAAAGGCACAACGAAGAAACGGGAAAUUAUUGAGUCGCAGGUUGGUUAUGCUUGGCAGCCAUUAAUAAAAGAUGGAAGAGUGGUGACAUCUGAGCAACAUUUGUCCGUGUCGUCUAAUCUUCCUCCUGGAUACCUGGGCCAUCAUGAUCCAGACAACAAGAAGCACGCAAUUCCUGAUAUUAAAUGGGUAGAUGGAGGAAAACCUUUAUUGAAAGUUAAAAAUCAUUUGGUGUCCACCAUUUACACAGAGGACCAGUACUUGCACAGUUUCUUCCACCAUUGUCAAACAAGCCAAUCGGCAUCACAGGAGAUCGCAGGUGACCUUGUGAAAUACCUGAAGUGUUUGCACGCCAUGGACACAUGUGUGAUGGUCAACUUCCUGCCAACAAUCCUUAACCAGCUGCUCAAAAUACUUAGCAAAACCAGCCAGAGCGACGUUGCAGUCAAUUCCACCAGAGUAAUCAUGUAUAUCGUGUCCAGAUGUCAUGAGGAGGGACUGGAGCACUAUUUGCGAUCAUACAUCAAGUACGUUUUCAGGACAGGCCAAUACAUGACCUCCGAAAACAAGACAACACACGAGGAGCUGGCUCGGUCACUCAUCGUCAUCCUGAAACAAUCGGCAGAUUUUCUCACCAUCAAUAAACUGCUGAAGCAUUCAUGGUUUUUCUUUGAACUGUUGAUCAAGUCAAUGGCCCAGUUCCUGAUUGAGAAGAACAAGCUGAAGCUCCCUAGGACACAGAGAUUCCCAGAAAGCUUCCAGCACACUGUGCACUCCCUUCUCCUUGCAAUAAUUCCUCACGUCAACCUGAGGUACUCGGAGAUUCCAGAGGAAUCCAGGAGCGUGAACAUCAGCUGGGCUCAUUUCAUGAAGCGGAGCUUAACACUGGUGAACAGAGGGUUUAUCUUCAACUUAAUAAAUGACUACGUUAGCUGUUUCUCUCCCAAAGAUCCCAAGGCACUCACAGAAUACAAGCUGGAUUUCCUGCAUAUAGUCUGCAAUCAUGAGCACUUCAUCCCUUUGAAUUUGCCGAUGUCCUUUGCGAAGAGCAGGCUCCAGCGGAUCCAAGAUUUGCAGUUGGAGUGCACACUUACUGAAGACUUCUGCAAGAAUCACUUCCUGGUGGGCCUUCUCCUGAGGGAAUUAGCCGCGGCACUGAAUGAGUCUCGGGAUAUUCGGCAUGAAGCGAUAGCUAUUGUAAAGUGCCUGAUGAUGAAGCAUGCGUUUGAUGACCGAUACUCGCACAAGUCCCUUGAUUGUUCACAUGAGUCAGGGAGUACUUUGCCUGCUGCUGGAAGUGAUGUCGCCUUCAAUCAAAAGGACGAGUUUGAUGCUUUGUUGGCGUAUUGGAACAAAAUGUCCUCACAAGAACUACUGGAUUACCUCUCAGUUUUGGAGGUGUGUCUCCAUCAGUUCAGAUACAUGGGCAGACGACACAUUGCAAGGGUUCAAGAAGGAGCAGGCUCCAAACAAUCUGUGAGUGAGCGAAGGUCCCAGACUAUGCCCGCUAUUCGGAGCCGAACAGGAGUAAUGCACUCCCGACUUCAGCAGAUUGGCCAUGCAGACAGCUCAUUCACACUUAACCACAAUUUUGGAACAGGAGAAGCUGACAUCAGCCACCAGUCCUUGCUGGAAGGUAACUUGGCCACCGAGGUGUGUCUCACAGUUUUGGACACAGUGUCAUUCUUCAUUCAGAAUUUCAAGAACUUGCUUCAGGAAAGUGAUGGGCACAACCCUCUGAUGAAGAAAGUAUUCGACAUUCUUCUCUUGCUGACUAACGGUCAAUCGGAAACGGCCAUGAAGCAUGCGUUUGCAUCUUUACGAGCUUUCAUCAGCAAGUUCCCAGUGACAUUUUUUAAAGGGCGCGACAGUAUCUGCUCCACUUUCUGCUAUGAGAUCCUGAAAGGUUGCACCUCCAAGCUGAGCUCCACUCGAAGCGAGGCCUCUGCCCUCCUCUACUUGCUGAUGAGGAACAACUUUGAGUACACCAAGAAGAGGACCUUUCUGAGGACACACCUUCAGAUUAUAAUCGCAGUGAGCCGCUUGAUAGCUGAUGUGAUUCUAACCGGAGAGUCCAGGUUCCAGGAUGCUCUCUCCAUCAUCAAUAACUUUGCCAAUAGUGACAAGGCUCUGAAGUCAACUGCGUUCCCGGGUGAGGUGAAAGAUCUGACAAAGAGAAUUCGCACAGUACUUAUGGCCACUGCUCAGAUGAAGGAGCACGAGAAGGACCCUGAGAUGUUGGUGGACCUUCAGUACAGUUUAGCCAAGUCCUAUGCCAGCACGCCUGAGCUCAGAAAGACCUGGCUUGGCAGCAUGGCAAAAAUCCAUUUGAAAAAUGGUGACUUGUCUGAGGCAGUGAUGUGUUAUGUUCAUGUGGCCGCUUUGAUUGCAGAAUACCUCUACAGGAAGAAAUUGUUUCCGAAAGGCUGCACAGCUUUCAAAGCAAUCACUCCUAACAUUGAGGAAGAAGCAGCAAUGAAAGAGGACGCUGGAAUGCAGGAUGUCCACUAUACUGAGGAUGUGCUGGUGGAAUUAUUGGAGAAGUGUGCAGACGGACUGUGGAACGCUGAGCGCUAUGAGUUAAUGGCAGUGAUUUACAAGUUCAUCAUUCCUAUCUAUGAAAAACGGAGGGACUUUGAGAAACUUGCUUUCAUUUAUAACACACUGAAUGAAGCUUAUAAGAAAAUAAUUCAUGUCCUUCACACGGGGCGAAGACUGCUGGGAACAUUUUUCCGUGUUGCUUUUUACGGUCAGAGCUUCUUUGAAGAGGAAGAUGGAAAAGAAUACAUCUACAAGGAACCCAAGCUAACCAGGCUGUCUGAAAUAUCGGAAAGACUCCUUAAACUUUACGGUGACAAGUUUGGAGCUGAGAAUGUGAAAAUCCUCCAGGAUUCGAACAAGGUAAAUGCAAAAAACCUGGACCAGAAAUUUGCAUAUAUUCAGGUAACUUUUGUCAGCCCUUAUUUUGAUGAGAAAGAGCUGUCAGAGAGGAAAACCUAUUUCGAGAGGAACCACAACAUCACGCGAUUUGUCUUUGAGACUCCAUACACAUUAUCUGGGAAGAAGCAAGGAGGUGUUGAGGAGCAAUGCAAAAGGCGAACAAUUCUAACAACAAUGCACUCCUUCCCGUACGUGAAGAAGAGGAUUGCGGUUAUGUACGAGCACCAGGUCGAACUGAAGCCCAUUGACGUUGCCAUCGACGAGAUGAACGAUCGCACGACCGAGUUGCGAAAGCUGUGCAUGUCGAAUGGCCUCGACAUGAUCCAACUACAGCUCAAACUCCAAGGCUGCGUUUCUGUACAGGUGAAUGCAGGACCAUUGGCCUAUGCAAGAGCAUUCCUGGAUGACAGUAAAUCAAGUAAGCUGCCAACUAAGAAAGUGAAACAGUUGAAGGAGAUAUUUCGGGAGUUUGUUUCAGCCUGCAGCCUGGCUCUGGAUUUGAAUGAGAGGCUGAUCAAGGAGGAUCAGGUGGAGUAUCACGAAGGGUUAAAGGCAAACUUCAAAGACAUGGUGAAGAAAUUAUCAGAAAUCACCAAUGAACAGGUUUUGACAGAAGAUGACUUGAAGUGCCAACUGAGGAGCUCUCUGCAUGUUUUCAGCGCCAUUAGUGGCACGGCUAGUGGUCCUUCUGCCUUUCCUGCGUCACUUUGACACACCAUACUGUGGGGGGAGGGCAACGGGAGCUAGGUGAGGGUGUGGGGAAGGGCACAUGACUGUUCAUUGGUUCUCAGGAAGGUCUCUCCAGCCCUGGGGAAUGAGGGGAGAAACUGUAAUCUCUGGCUGACGGAUGUUGUAAAGCAGGAGAAUGAGUUCUAUCCAGUCACAGCGAGAUGGCUGAUUCCAGUGAUGGCUCAACCCUCUUCCAGAGUGAGCUCAACCUCUCAGAAACAUUUGGAGAAGGGUGUUCAUCUGGCAACAAAGCUUGCUUGGCAGUGCAACUCCUGCAUUCCAAUCAGUAUUACUAUGAUCAGCUUGGCUGCCUGCCUAGAACAUUUGAUACACCGUUUCCUAAAUUUGAUAAACAUUGAAUGAUUUGAAAAGCCAAGUCUUGUGUUAAAACUGUGCUUCCACAUUGCAAAUCCUUCACCACCUGUACAAUAUGUAUGUGUAUAAAAAAGGAACCGUUCGUUGUGGCUCUGUGCAUUGUCAUCUCAAAGUGUUGUAAAUUUAAAUUGUAACGACAAGUAGCGUUCCACCGCGACUGCUUGUGUACAAAAGAUAUCCUUAAAUAUACAGGACUUUUUUAAAAAGUU